GUGCUCACCAGGUCCGGUGUGGCUGACUCGUCAACUUGGAGCCAGUGCACGCCCGGCUGCCGACACGAGCGGAUGUGCUCGAUACGUCCCUCGAACAUUCAAUUCCACCUCCCUCUUCCUCAACUUACCACCACCCCAAUCCACCGAUAAACAACAAUUCCUCAACCCAACAAUAAACAAUUGGUGCGGCCAGUAUCGAGUAAGACACCCGAAAACGUUAAAAUUGCCCCUCAGUGUAUCAAGUGUAAACAAAAUAAACUCCAAUGCAUGAUGAAAAAUACUGACAAUAUGCAGAAAUGCUGACAACCCAGUGUACCCAAAAUAGAGAAUAAAUGGUAUUAAAUAUAUAAUUAUUUGAUAGAGGUGAGGAUGGACUGGGAGGGAGUGCUGGAAAUUUAGUGACUGAUGUGAAACAAAAAACAAUCGACUGAGUGAUGAGUUAUUUAUGGUUUGUGGUGAGGGAAUAGAUUUGGUGAAUUUAGUGAUGGUCGUCGGGUCGUCAGAGCGCCGCCGUCACUCGGUGAUUGUGUAUGUGUGGUUUACUCUAUCUUCAUGCGCCACUCUGCAGUAGAUACGUACAACCGCGCACCGGUUGCCAUAGUAGCGCGCGUGGCGAUCAGCUGAUCGUGCUUGCAAUCGAGCGUCAGUUGUUAGUUGUUCUCGUUACGCUUGGUUGUGACAUUUUAAUCGUCCGUUGUAAAUAUUCCGCGAGGAAUGAACUCAUCGGUUGAAUCCACUCGGUGCGUUUAAUCAUUGAGAUGCUUCGGUUUUUUUCGUGCUAAUGUGUGUGAUUGACCCCGGCGGAAUAAUCGCUUCUUAUUUUUUUAUUUAUUUUUUUCUUUUAUCGCUUAAAGUUCAUCGAUCCUCGGGCAUAUAGUCAGUCUGUCUCUUGGGGGUUAUGAAUAUGCAAGUGAUCGUUCGAAUGACGAUGUGAAAACUCUUCUCGUGAAAAUUCGGCGACAUUCGGGGCUGUUGUGAUUAUCGGUGGAUUCAUUUGUUUUUCUCGGAAGGGUCGGAUGGAUUUUGUGGUGUGACCAGUGUUGUCAGUGAUUGGCUGCUGGAGAAGUAUCGAGCUGUUGUGCACCGACGAUUUACUGUGAUAAUUAAUUCAUUAUUGUACGCUCAAUCUGCUGAUUGCCUUCGUCAGUUGGAUUAUUGCUCGGAUGGGGCUGUCCUGAGGCGGAUACCAGUUUUGGACGAGAGACAGUAGGUCGGGCGAGUUGAACGGGCCAGUAUUGACGCCAGUAUGUCAACCAGAUGCCAGUAAACAGCAGUAUAACCGAAUAAUCUAAAAAUAAAAAAAUAAAUCUAAAUAAUCAAGCAAAUCCAUAAAUAAACGACCACCACGGAAAUUGAAAAUUAUAGAUAAUAAUGCUACCUGCGUCGGAGAGACAACACGUAUAUCUACACCCAGAGGGCAAGUGAUUUAUAAUUGAAUGGUGCGCGUAUACGUUCUCUUGAAUUUAACCGAUCGGACAUUGAACGGCAUUCGUCGUGCGCGCAACCGGAACGAGUGUACACCGGUUGUCGAUUGAUUUUCCCUAACUGUGUCUGUAUUAACCGAUGAGAAUUCCAUUAAAUCGGUGGUAAAACAUUGAUACGGAUAUAUCGAACACGGUGAAAUAACCCAGUGAGGAUUUUACAAUAGUUUUAAUAUCGAGCCAAGUGAAAUUAGAGUUAUUAUCAACGGAGUACAGCCGUUUUGGGGCUGGUUACGCUGACUUACAUCGGGAGCGCCAACCUGCAAUCAAGGUUCAUGGUUUUCAUGGAGGAGAGCGAGCUCUCGAGCAAGCGGUGGGCGAGUGCGCCCCGCCGUCCAGACAGCCCCUGCAUCCUGGGGACACCAACGUCUAGAGAGGCGGCGGGACCGCCAGUUCAGUUAGAGCCAGUGGAUCUGUCGGUAAAGACACCGGUGGUGCUGCAGGUGCCACGUUACAGUCCAGCAGCAGCAUUAAUUACCACAACGAGAAGAAUUCCAUCGCCAUCUACAACACCCACACCGCUGGCAAUGCCGAUCUGUCCGUCAACCGUGUCUCCUGCACUUCCUCUGGUGGAUGUUGUACGGGGGCGAGAGCACGAGAGGGAGAGCAAGAGGGAGCACAUAUGUGAUAGGGAAUCCCAUCAGUCCGGACAGAGAGACAUCCGAGAAACCAGGGAGAAACACAGGGACAGACUGCGGGAACGAGAACGAGAACGAGAUCGUGAACGGGAACGUGACGUAUCCGUCUGCGGAAUUGAACCACCCGAUCCCGUUUUCGUCUCCUCCUCAGCUGCUCUCCUCGCACUCCAGAGGAUAAAGGAGGCGUCGCUGGUAUUUCAUAAGCGGCCAACGCUGACACCAGGAAUUGGAUUGGGUGGACGUGGUAACAGCGGGGUUACUGGUAACGGUGGUAGUCUUGGUGUUGACGCUGACUGCGGUGAUGCCCUCAAGCGGCGCAAGGUCCACAGGUGCGAUGUCGCCGGAUGUGACAAGGUCUACACCAAGAGUUCACACCUCAAGGCCCACAAGAGGACACAUACCGGUGAGAAGCCGUACCAGUGCACGUGGGAGGGCUGCACGUGGAAAUUCGCCCGCUCUGAUGAGCUCACACGGCAUUAUCGAAAACACACGGGACAAAAACCAUUCAAGUGCCAUUUGUGCCAGAGAUCAUUCUCCAGGAGUGAUCAUCUGUCACUGCAUAUGAAGAGGCACUGACCGAUGUACCAUUAUAAUGGUAUUCCUCUGUAUACUCGACAUUUCGUAUACAUCACGGGAGAGCUCAUGCUGGACAAGUUGACGAUUUACAUUCGGGACCUGAGAAUAACAUUUUUUUUCUUUCUCUCAAGUUAAUUGAGGAUCUACGAUGAUAAUAGGUGACAAAUUUCAAAACCGAUAAAUUCAAGUUCAAUAGGAUUUUAGGGCUUGCCUAGGUUAUUUGCGGUUAGAGGAUUCCCUCGAGAUCGUUCAUUCGACUCGAUUAUAUUCGUAUUUUAUUUAUAAAUCAUAUUUAUAUUUUCUUCUCUCGCGGUUUUCACGUAAGGCCAGCUCAACUAGUCUAGAGCAAUUUUAUCAAUCUUAAUGUUAGGGUGAAAUGGAGCCAGUAAAACGUUUAAUUUUAAGAUUUAUUCUCUAUGAUUUUUAUUGUUUUUAAAGAGAAAAAAAAACAUUAGUAUUCUCCGUUAUCCGGAGCUUGGGACUUAGCAUGCUCAGUUAAAUAAAUAACACAAAUCGUGAUCGCGUACAUUAAUCGUCACUUUUUAUCGGUAUCGAUCGGUAUCAAUUGAUGAGUAAUAUCGACAACUUUGACAAGUUCAAUUAAUGAAAAAAUGAGAAUUUCGCGUUUGGUGGAAGGACAAUCAUACCCUACUGUUGAAUUCACUAAUGAAUUUAUAGAAAUUCUGAAAGUAUUAAGGAAAUGCAUCAUUUCUUGUUGAAAUAAAGUGUGUAAUGAGCCGUUAAUGGCGAGCGAUAGUAUUUUCUAGUAAUAAUUUAGGGACAAUACCACACUUUUACCGAAAUUUGCGUGAAAGGUGCCAAAGUAAAAGACGCGCAAACCCCUUCUCACACAGAGAAAAAACAUCCAUAGACCUUUUCUCGUAGAACUUUUUACUUUAAUCGAUAUGAAAAAAAAACCUUGGCUGAUACGAAAAAUUACUAUACUUAUUUCUAGAAAAUAAACUUAACACUAGAAACUUCCUCUCUAGAUUCAUCGAAUAAUUUCAUCAUCACAAAACAUUUUCUCCGUAAAAUUCAAAUUCAGAGUAUUUUCCUGAAACUAAUGAAUCUUUUUUCUCUGUGCACCAUAAACAAAUCUAACUCUCUCACGAUAAAGAAUCUCGCCGUUGUUUCCUUUUCUCAUCACUGUUGAAGAUUUCAUCACAGAGCAAUCAAAAGUUGAAAGAAAAAAUCAUUCAAAUCAAUUCAACACUGCCCUAGAUCAUUCACAAGAGAAUGCUCUACAACUUUUACCUUUGAAAACGCCUAAACACGCUUUCAAAAUGAUUAAUCGAUGCCACAAUUACUCCCGAUGUUAAAUGAAAUCGAAUUGCUCGUAAUCACGCUCGAAAGAAUACAAAAAAGUGAAUGAGGAUGCUUCAACUGCUUCUGCUCAUUAUUUUCGAGGCUAACCAUUCGAAGUAAAGAAGAAACAAAAUCUAGAUGUACUCAUGAAUUCAAAAAAAAAAAUCAGCGAUAAAGAGAAACGCAAAUCGAGGCGGUAACACUGGAAACUUUCUCUCGUCAAGCACGACAAUACACAAGUAAUAUGUCUGAAGUAUAUAAUAAGUUUUAAUGGUGGUUAUUCGAGACAAGACGCAAAGAGAUGCCAGUACACAACCAGUGUUCCUCUUUCCCUUCAAUGUUUUCCCCUCCAACCUGACAGAUUCACGCGGAAUUAUCAAACGAAUUAAUCAUUGUUAAAACGUUACAUCUGGUUAGAUAAUGUAACUAGUGCCUUCUCUAAUCGUCGUUACGUGAAUCGUCAGUACGUGUUGAGGAAAUAUUUCCCAGGAAAAACAGCGAAAUGAAAAAAAAAAAAAAACUGCUAGUGCCUUAUCAAUUAUCAAUUAUGCCAGCACUUGAUAAAUAGGGAACAGUGCGUUGAAAGAUCUAGGCAUUUAAUUAUUCAAUUCGGUGCUACAUUUUAUUUUAUCGAAUUGCCUUAGGUGGGACCACAAGUGUUUGAGGUGUGGAGGGUCGUGGUCUCCCACAUCCGUCCAAAUCUGUGAAAGAUAACAUUUUUACAUUCCCCCGAUGCAUUCCAAAAAGCAGCGAUUCACGCUCAUCGCUUCGUUUAGCAAACACUUGGCCUCUGACCUCGUCCAUCUGUUUAUCUCCUUUAUUCUCCUAAGGACGUGUGACAUUUUACCACAUGCGUAUCCCCUAGGUCAACGCUUUCAACUAGACAAGUGAAAAAAAAAAUGAAAAAAAAAGGAUUUAUCGUGAUUAAUGCUCGGCGGACGAUGAGAAAUUAGGUUCGCACAAAAUCAAAGACAGGGGAGAGCAUGAGGUAGUUUCUCAUGGUAAUGUCCCAUUGAAUUUUUCCGUAACCGUAGAUGGGUGAUUGAAUGGGUGAGGAAGUGGCUGGAGGAACUGUUGAAUGUGAACGGUUUUUCUUUGAAGGCCCCACCCAAGGAAAUUAGCAUUUCAAGUGCCUUAAGAGACGUUAACCGGCACUCAACUAAUCGAGGUUACGCAGUCAAUUAAAUGAAAACGUAGAUUAAUAGAAAUAAAAAAAAAGAAAAAGAAAAGAAGUUGGUUCAGAGGACAAUUAAAGCUCAUUAGCUCGUGAAUUUGUUGUAGAAUUCGUAACGAGUUUGCUCUGUUUAGCUUGUACCGAGGAUAUAAUUCAUUCUCACUCGGGUUAUGAUAGCAGCAGAUGAUGGAGUAUUUUGUAUGAAUGUCUGGGGCCAGUGGAGGUAUCUAAUUUUUAGUCGGCUAUAUCCAUUUUUUUCUUUAUUCACGUAGAAUCGAUACAAUCGAUACAAUUGAUCUGUGCCUCGCGGUUAAUGCGAUAUGUCGCGAGUCUACGCGGAAAACGCGGCCAGUAACACAUAUUAAAUGACAGAACAGAACAGACCGACAGGUAUUAAACAGGUAGGCACGCACACGCCCUUCCCUUUUUCCUGAAGCCUGACGACUAAAAAGGAAUGGACGAUUAAGUUUUAUCAGCCGGUUUAUGCCUAUUGAGAAAACACUGAAAUUGAGGGAAUGACGAGGGAAAUGCUGAAUGAAAACAAAAAUGGCCUUUAGUCUGUUUUCUUUUUCUUUUUGUUUUUUUUUUUUUACAAGUGAACAUUAGGGAAUAAGUAACUCGAGUUAUUAGGAAUGACGAAAAGAAAAAUCUAUAGCCCGUGUAAAUAGUCUGUAUAUGUUGGAUAAGGAGGAAUAUAGUUUCUUAAGGUAAUAGGAAAAAUAAGAUAAAUCGCACUAAAACGGAAUAUCGUUUGAGCCUACGAAUAAAUUACGUAAUCCGUAAGUUUCACUCUGAUAACCAAUGGGGGCCAGUAAUUAUCUCUUGGAUCUCGCACGGAUUUAUACAUACGCUCUGUGCGGUGCUGUGGUACAGUUUGAGGCGAAAGGGAAAUGCUCAUUAGGAUUCAAUGUACUUUUUCUUCUUAUGUACGGUUUUAUUUCUUUUUAUGGAUUUUUCGGACUGAUGGACGAAUCUUUGUGCCUAGCUCAUGGUAAGAUUAUUGGAUUAUUGGAUAUGGGUGGAAGUGUGCGCUCGAUCAAUUGUGAUAAUGAAAAUUAACGCGAAAUCUACUUGACGGCUUCGGUCGAUUUAUUAUUUACAUUAUUUAUAAUCGUUUUUAUCGACAAUAAAGAGGUACUCUUGAGUAAUUGUUAUGGGAUUGGGAGUUGAACAGUUCAAUUUGUCUCGGACUAAUGAUGCAAAUUCCGCACCGCUGCAAACUAUUAGGUUUUAAGGGUUAUUAUUGUAGGGCAUAGGCAUCAUAGGUGUAGAACAAUAAUAAUAUAUUGAAAGUGGAUAGGUUUCACGUAGAUGGUCACUGUAUAAAUGAAGGCAUUAUACAUCUUUUAAGGGUUUUUACACGGCGAAACUAUUGGUAGCUUUGUUUACUUCCUUCGAGAAUUUUUGACUACACGGGGAAAAGGUUUGUUGAUAUCACAGAAGACGUGUGUCGAGGAGAGGGGAGGAGCUUCUAGGCUCCAAAACUGGGGCUCUGCAUUGUUGGAAAAUUGCACUUGGAAUUCCACGUAAAAUGAAAUUUUUACAAAAUUUUUUCACCCCAUUCUGGUAAUUUGGAAUUCUCUUCGAAAAAUGGUGAAAAUUUCAAAUAUUUAAGCAAUAAUUUUUUAUUUUCUUGCAUUAUCGAAAUUAUUGUAAUUUAAUUUGAAUUCAUAUAAUUGGAAAUCCAGAUGACAUUAUUACUGAAUUUUAAAAAUUUUUUAACAGUGUGCCUAUAAAUGUAGUUUGGAGAUUUUAUAUUAAAGGAACUUCUUUAGUUAUUGAAAAACAUUCUCUUCAUCAAGAGAUCAAGAAACUUUUUCUCUCUACAUUCAAUGAGAGAAAAAAAAACGCGUCAAUGUUACGUAACUAAUUUCUUCAGCAUUAUUAAUUUGUUACAAAUGAGUUCGAAUGAUCCAAAACUCGAGAUUUGUCAACUAGGUGCAGCCAAUUGAGUUAAGAAGUUUUCCUAGUUCUUAUUUUCCUCUUCUGACCAACAAAAAAAUCUCAUUCACGAUGAAUUGAUAUAUUCAGCGAUAAAAUUCCUUUUGUGAUAUCAAGUAGUUUUUUAAAUCUCAGUGUAGGUUCGUGGUUCUGAUCAUCAGUUGUUGAAAUUCAAUAGAUAAUUUGAAAGAGAAAAUUGAUAACGAAGGAAGAAUAAUUUUACUGUACAUUUUGCGGUUGUAUCACAUUAUCACUCGUUACUGUAUAUCGAUGUCUUAUUUGUUCUUUCGUUUCGUAUUGGAGAUAAUUUAUUUAUUGAAAUGUGUUCCCCGUGACGAGGGAAUCAGACGGACACAAUAAAUUAUAUAUUGCACCCGAAAUUAUAUAUUUAUAUACAUUAUAAUGUAGUUGGAGGAAAAUUGGGAGUGUCCGAGGAAGAUAACGCACAAAUUUGUACCAUAGACGGGUGAGAGUCGUGGGGAUGUUUUAUUAUAUUAUUUGGUUAUUUCUGUGUGCAUGAAUUUGUGCAUUGCAAAAAUUAUUUAAUUCUUUACAGGAUCGACUUCGAUGUAAGCUUAUUGUAAUGAGCAAAUUGUUACAAUGGUGAUUGUUCAACAAUUUUCGUUCUAGACUACUACUGUUUAUUAUCCCCCGCUAUCAUCAAUCAUUAUUUGAAUUAUUUUAUUA